AUGUAUUUCUUCCAGGUUCUCUUUUUCCUACUCGUUCCUCUGUUCGCCCUGGCAAACCCUGCGCCAGCUCCACAGGCAACCAUCUCGUCGACUGCGUUGGCCGACUUGGAGGACCUGGUCAACGGUGCCAAAACGCUGCUAAGCCAGGACAGCAUCAGCAACAUCGAGACCACUCUCACCGGAGCAGCCACCUUGCUGAGCGGCUCGACUGCCAACGACACCAAGACUCUGCUCACCGAAGUCAGCGGCCUGCUCACCCCGGAACUAGUCUCGGCUGUCACCAAGCUCAUCACGGCCGACACCGUGAACAAGUUGAACGACAUUGUGGACAAUGCCCACACCCUGUUGACGGCAAACUUUGUCAACCAGACGGUUACUCUUAUCGACGAUGUCACACCGCUCGUUGCCGACGUGUCCAAGGUACUUGGAGGACUACUUUCUGCGCUUUUGGGCUAA